CUUUAAUUAUCCUCGCGAGCGUAACUCGCAGUUCGUAGCGCUGUGCGCCGUUUGUACAGUGCAGCGCGGGGGUGUCCGGUGACUGAGCAAUAAUGUCAGCAGCCGUGGAAAGUCCUUAUGCACGUAUUAGGGAGGCCCUGGACGCACAGAAACCGGAUCACAAGUUCUACAACCUGUCUAAACUUGAGGAUCCUCGAUACACACGUCUUCCCUUCUCCAUCCGUGUGCUGCUGGAGGCUGCUGUGAGGACCUGCGAUGAGUUCCUGGUGAAGCAGGCCGAUGUUGAGAACAUCCUCAACUGGAACCAGACCCAGUGGAAGAGCGUAGAGGUCCCUUUCCGGCCGGCUCGGGUCAUCCUGCAGGACUUCACUGGGGUUCCUGCAGUGGUGGACUUUGCUGCCAUGCGUGACGCCGUGAAAACCCUGGGUGGAGACCCUGAGAAGAUCAACCCCGUGUGCCCAGCAGACCUGGUCAUCGACCACUCCAUCCAGGUUGACUUCAACAGAAAGUCUGACAGUCUACAAAAGAAUCAGGAUUUGGAGUUUGAAAGAAAUCGGGAACGAUUUGCUUUUCUAAAGUGGGGCUCCAAGGCCUUCAAGAACAUGCGGAUCAUACCUCCAGGUUCCGGCAUCGUGCACCAGGUCAACCUGGAGUACUUGGCUCACGUGGUGUUUGACCAUGAUGGCUUUUACUACCCCGACAGCCUGGUGGGCACAGACUCCCACACCACGAUGAUCGACGGCCUGGGGGUGUUGGGCUGGGGGGUGGGCGGGAUUGAGGCGGAGGCUGUCAUGCUGGGCCAGCCAAUUAGCAUGGUGCUGCCACAGGUCAUUGGCUACAAGCUGUUGGGCGUUCCCGACAAGUUCAUUACAUCAACGGACAUCGUACUCACUAUUACCAAGCACCUGCGACAGGUGGGUGUAGUGGGGAAGUUUGUGGAGUUCUUUGGGCCGGGCGUGUCCCAACUGUCGAUCGCCGACCGAGCGACCAUUGCCAACAUGUGCCCAGAAUACGGUGCCACGGCAGCCUUUUUCCCUGUAGACCACAUCAGCAUAAAAUACCUGGAGCAGACAGGGAGAUCCGCGGAGAAGCUAAACUACGUCACUCAGUAUCUGAAAGCUGUGGGCAUGUUCAGAGAUUAUAGCAACGCUGACCAGGACCCCGAAUUCACCCAGGUGGUGGAGAUGGACCUGGGCACGGUUGUCCCUUGCUGCAGUGGCCCCAAAAGGCCACAGGACAGGGUGGCUGUGACAGAAAUGAAGAGGGAUUUUGAAGGUUGUCUAGGGGCUAAGCAAGGCUUCAAGGGCUUCCAGGUGCCUCCGGAGCGCUUGAACAACACGGUCUCCUUCCAAUACAGCGGCACAGACUUCUCUCUGAGUCACGGGUCUGUGGUCAUUGCUGCAAUCACCAGUUGCACAAACACCAGCAAUCCGUCUGUCAUGCUGGGGGCGGGGCUCCUAGCAAAGAAAGCUGUGGAGGCGGGUCUUAGUGUCCGGCCCUACAUUAAAACCAGCCUGUCCCCGGGUAGUGGCGUGGUCACGUCCUACCUUAAAGAGAGCGGGGUGAUGUCUUACCUCUCCAAGCUUGGGUUUGAAGUAGUGGGCUAUGGCUGUAUGACCUGCAUAGGGAACAGUGGUCCCCUCCCUGACCCUGUGGUGGAGGCCAUUACUCAGGGGGACCUGGUAGUAGCCGGAAUCCUGUCUGGCAACAGGAACUUCGAAGGCCGAGUCCACCCCAACACCCGCGCCAACUACCUAGCCUCACCGCCCCUGGUUAUUGCAUAUGCCAUCGCGGGGACCAUCCGCAUUGAUUUGGAAAAGGAGCCGCUGGCGGUGACCCCUGAGGGGAAGGAGGUCUUCCUCAAAGACAUUUGGCCCACACGGGAAGAGAUCCAGGAGGUCGAGCACCAGUUUGUUAUUCCCGCCAUGUUCAAGGAGGUCUACACUAAGGUGGAGAAUGUGAAUGAGCGGUGGAAUUCCCUCAGUGCCUCCUCUGACAAGCUCUACACAUGGGACCCCAACUCCACCUACAUCAAGUCUCCUCCCUUUUUUGAUGGACUGACGAGGGAGCCACAACCACCCAAGUCCAUAACCGAUGCCUAUGUACUGCUGAACCUUGGGGACUCUGUGACUACAGACCACAUAUCACCCGCUGGGAACAUAGCCCGGAACAGCCCUGCAGCGCGGUACUUGACCGGCAGGGGCCUGUCCCCGCGGGACUUCAACUCGUACGGGUCACGCCGUGGCAACGAUGCAGUCAUGGCCCAGGGCACUUUUGCCAACAUCCGUCUCUUCAACAAGCUGCUGGGCAAACCAGGGCCACAGACGGUGUACCUGCCCUCCGGAGAAACGAUGGAUGUGUUCGAUGCUGCUGACGAGUACAAAAAGGCUGGCCUGCCUCUCCUGGUCCUGGCCGGGAAGGAGUAUGGAUCGGGCAGCUCCAGAGACUGGGCUGCCAAAGGGCCGUUCUUGUUGGGCAUCAAGGCGGUGUUGGCCGAGAGCUACGAGCGCAUCCAUCGCAGCAAUCUGGUGGGGAUGGGCAUCAUUCCGCUGGAGUACCUACCCGGCGACACGGCCGAGUCAUUGGGCCUGACGGGCCGCGAGUGCUACACCGUUGUCAUCCCAGAGACACUGACGCCCAAGAUGAACGUGGUCAUACAGCUGGACACUGGGAAGACCUUCCGGGCUUGCAUGAGGUUCGACACUGAUGUGGAGCUCACGUAUUUCCAACACGGCGGCAUCCUCAACUACAUGGUCCGUAAGAUGUCAGAGAAGUAGAGGAAGGAGGGGAAGAAAGGUCACCUGACGCAUGGUGAUACGUCAGGCCUGCAAGUAUGGUGGGAGUUACCUUGUAAGGACAAGGACCUCCCCUAAAAACAUCCAGUCCCAGUUCAAGAUGGGUGGUAAUGCAGACUUGCAGUACAUCUGUUGCAGUGGUGUUAAGUAGAGGUUGCAGUCUGGAUUAAAAUCAGUUUUGUAAGUUUUGGGACACAUCUAAAGCGCAUGUAUGUCCAGUUUGGCUUUGACUAGGACAAGAACAAAAACAUCAAGUCCUACUUAAAAUGAUUCUGCUUAUAAUUAGUAGUUUAAUCAAAUAUGUGAAAUGUAUAUUUAUGAAGUAAUUUUAAUACCCAUUCAGUGAGCACCACUUGCCUUAAACUAUUAUAAUAUAGCUUACUGUUUAGAGAGGACUGAUUGUAAGUGCCCAUAGUUUUAGGUGAAUGACCUUGUCAUUGACUAUAGCUGAUAUGCAGAAAAGUACAACCUAAUAUAACAAAUGGAUUUUCCCCCUUUAUUUCAUUAAUUGUGUAAAAUAAAUCUAAGUACACCAUACAUUAUACUUUAAAACACCGCUACACAUUAAAAUGUCAUAUCUGUACCUGUAAAAUCUAGAUUAUGUUGAAAUAGCCAGAUGGGUUUUCAUCUGAAUAAAUUUCACUUGGGGGCAGAUUUUCA